AUAAUUGUGAAAGUGUAAUAAUUCUACUAGACUUGUGGGCUUUUGAGACAGAAAAUACAGCUUUUAAAAAAAAGGAAUGCUCGAAAGAUCCCCAACUUUCAGUCCCGUUAUAAAUGUACAUGUUGCUAGGCAACGUGUGCACGUAAAACAUACCGGUUGCGGUUAGCUCAAGCUAAAACGAAAUACGGGAUAAUUUCUCCUUUACGCACUCUGUGCUAACUCACAAAAAUGGCGGUCAGUGGCAGCAUAUCUGAUCAGAAACUGGAGCUUCAGCGUAAAAUCAAAUUUCUUGAGGGGGAAAAAACAUUACGUUAUGAGAGGACUGAGGCCACCACCAGGAAGCAAAAAGAGUUCAUCCGUCAGCUGAGGCAGGAGAACGAGAAUCUGCGUAAACAGCUGGCAGAAACUAAGGCUCCUGAUGAACAUAUAAUCAAAGUGGCCUUUAAAAACAGAGAUAUGGAGGGGAAGGCCUUCUGCAACAGCACAGUGAAGGAGGUAAAUGAAAUGCUAAAUGAAGGAGUGCUGUUCAAGAGGAAGUGUAUCAAUGCUGUAAAACACACAAAUGAGGUCUACCAGCGUCGCCUCAAUCAGUUGAAGAUGGAGUACCAGAGGCUGAAAUCAGAGAGCAGCAGCAGUAAAGUAUCCUCUGAUGCUCGCACUCAGAAAAAAAAGGACGAUGCCAUGAAACUGCUGGCUCUGGAGAAUGAUCUGGAGAAAACCCAGUUUAAAUGCAUGGAAGCUAAGAACAUCAUGGUUAACUAUCUGAAAUUCAAAAAUCACUUACAUGAGCAGAGUCUCACUUACAAGGGCCAGUUGGACUGUCUGGAAGCAGAAAUCCUGAAGCAAAGAGAGGAGAUGAAUAGGCUGCAGAUCAUGAAUAAUGACCAACAGCUCUCCAAAGAAGCUACUAAGGAUGAGUUGCAGAAGCGGGAGGAGCUGCUUUACAAGGACAGUAAGGAGAGGGCGUGUAUAAUAGCAAGUUACAGGAAAAAGGUUAAGGAAUGCAAGGCCCAGGCUGAAAAAGUCGAUAUAAGGGAUCAGAUAACUCUGCCAGAAAAACUAAGCGGUGAGGCCCAGCAUAUCAUCACCAGGAUGGAAGAAGAAGAUUUGAAAAAAAUUUCUACUUUUGAGGAGGCCUUCAGGCACAUCAGCGAGACCACAGGUGUCACAGACAUACAGGAGAUACUGGAGUGCUUUAACUCUCAGGAGGAGACACACCAGCAUCUGCUGAAACUGAAGGAAGAGAAUGAGAAAGUCCUGCUGCAGCUGAAGGAAGAGAAGGAGCUUCUGAGCCAACAGUUUGAGGAGAUGAAAUAUUUUAGACAGGCUAAACACCCCAGUGACCAGCAGGCCCUGCAGGAGUCUGAGCAGCACCUGCAGACUCAGCAGCAGAAGUGUGAUGCAGCCAAAGAGCGACUGGAUUGGCUCUUGAAGACUCUUCACACUGCCCAAGCUGGAGUUGAGCACCUGGCCAACAAACUUCAACACAUCUCACUGAGUGAGGGCACAGUUCCUGAAGUGGAUCCAGAUUCUGAUCACUUUGUUCUGGAGCUGAUGGCCCAGUGUGAGAAGAAAUUAUUGUCACUGCACAAAGAACUUCAGGGGAAGGAUGUGGCUGGUAUAAUGAAGGAGCUGGAAAAAAACAAGUUGUACAUAAGAAGUGAAGAAAAACUGUCAGCAUACAUCACCAGAGCCAAACCACCUGUGGAUCAAGCACAUGACCCCCUCCAUGACAAAAAUGAGACUGACGAGGGCAAAGCUAAGGUCAUCACGCGUGAAGCGCUGAAGCUUCAGUCUCAGCUAAUCAUUGACUCCCACUCCAAGAGAAAGACCAAGAUGAAGAUGAUGAAGAAGAAGGGCAAGUUAUAAAGCGACAACACAAUCCUCAAUGUCUCCCAAAAACAUGAAAUAUAAAAUGGGAUGAUUGUGUCUAAGACUUUCCGUGACAAUUGUUUCACCUCUGUAAUUGUUAUUUUGUGUCUUAGCCGGUGCUAUAAAGAUAUUUAGUGUACUGUAAAUGAAAACAUGUAUUUUAACAGUAUAACAGUAUUAAAUGAUUUUCAUAAAUUGAUGCUUCGUGUCUAUACUUAUUGUGUAACUGGGUUUGUUUUGGCAAUAGUCAGGUGUCACUGUUGCACCAACACACUCUACCCCACCUCUGUUUUUUGAGCUCACAUUUCACCCUGAGCCUUCCUGGAACCCAGUGAAAAAAUACUGUUUUUAGUUUUUAUUCUUUUUACCAUAACUCCCUGUAUAGUGUGUGGAAUAGAACCCAGUAACUAGCAACUCCUUAGUUGUUAAUGUUGUUAUUUUCCUGUUGUUAGAAACAAUGAAUGUUGUCGGUUUUAUCUAACAAACCCAAAGUAUAGUAGCCUUCUGAAAGCCAAUACUUGUGACGAAUCCAGCCUUUAUUCAUGCUUGAAUUACAUCAAACUUGCUUUGUCCUGCUAUAAGUUACAGAUGUGAAUAUGAACCCUCCCUAAAGUGCGUACACCUGAACUAUUUCUGCAACGAUUGGCAUCUUAGACAGUGUUUGCUGCUUCUCUUCUUAACCACUGGUUGAGUAGACUGAAUAAUACAUCUCCAUACCAACAUGUCAGAUAAUAACCACAGUAAAUGUCUCAGUGUCUCGCACAGGGCUAGGUCAGCAGCAGUGAUUGAAUGACGUACCAAAAGCAACCAGAAAGACAACUCUGUGCUGUGAACAAAAGCUCUCUGAGCACAGUUAUUAGGUUUUUG